UGUUCGUUAAAUUCGACAUUUUCGUGCGGAACUUCAAGGCGUUUGGAAUAUUUUCUGGUCCGCUACGGCAAUUUUUGUACAGUGUUGCUUUUUUGGUCGAUGUGGUGUGUUCAGGGAGUUGCAGCGUUUAUUAUUGAAGUUGCAAAGUUUUAGGGAUAGCUAAAGUGGAUUAAAAAGUAAAUUUGGUGAAAUUUGUGAUAAAAAUAUUUGUAACCAACGUGCCAUUUUGUAACUCGUCAAAGAUGGCAAAAUUAAGGCACACAGAUUAGCCGGUGGCAGUAAAGCAAAUAAUUUAUUACGAUUGUGGAUUUGGUGACUUAGAACAUACCUGCAUUGCUGUGUUCUAAGCAGUGCGUAGUGGCUGAUCUUCACUGCUAAAAUUAAGCGAGCCAUGAAUAAUCAGAUGAAUAACGCGGUGCGCAAAAUUCAUAACUUGCAUACGAGCGGUGCUGUGACCGUUACCGGUCUCAGCCAGCCCCGCAUAUUAAAACAGAAAGUUGGUUCCGGUAUUGUGACGUCCAGUAACACACAUAAUCUGCAACAGACACAUGUUAAUAGCUCAAAUCGAUGCUAUGUAUGCGACGAUGCACUGGGUGCAAGUCAACAGCAAAAUUUGCUCACCGAAACACAGACUUCGCAUACUGCCACCAAGUUUCCGAACAAAAUUGGCCAGCUUGUGGGUGAUGCUUUUAUGGUCAUUGUAAGCGUAGACGAUGUUGUGUGCGCACGUUGUACAAACCUGCUUAAUUAUUUGGAUCGACUGGAGAAUGAUGUUGAGCGCGUUAGAACCAACUUAAUGAAUCUGCUGCAUAAGAAAUAUGGCCUGAAUGAUGACAGUGGCGGAGGUAGUGCGCCAUCGCCUCCUAUAAAAAUGCAGAAACUGAAUAGCGGUACCGUCACACGCACUGCCGAAGAUACAACUAGUGAUUUGGGUCGAGUGCGCAAAGUUCUACAGACUGUGUCUAGUGAUUCAAGUGUGGGAAAGCAGUCACCUCCAGUUGUUAGCGCUGUGCAGCAAAUGAAAAUAUCUACACAAAAUGUAAGUCCGAAUGCAUCAGUGGGUGGCACCCAAACGUUUCAACGCAAGACAACCAGAAUAUACAAGUGUAUUUCAUGCGAUUAUAAGACAUCUGAUAUGCGAUUAUUUAAUACACAUUAUGAAACAUGCAAAUCACAAAAUUUCCAGUGCAAGAAUUGUAAGAAAAUCUUCCCGAACUUUGGUAGCAUGAAACAGCAUAUGGUGCGGGAACACAAUACCACUAUGGAUAAUACCUGUGCAGUUUGUCAUAUAAAUUUUGUAAAUGAGCCAGCUUUGCGAAAGCAUAUGGAAGCGAAUCACAGCACAAAUGUUGUAGUAACAAGUACGACGACACUUCCAUUAACACAGCAGUCGGCAGCAGAGGCGGCGAGUACAACAGGCGCCACCACACCACUUUAUACAUGUAACCAUUGUCAAUUCAAAUCCACAGACAAAGCGCUCUUUGAUGAGCACUUCAGAAAGCAUUUGUCUGGUGUAAAGCCCAAACCAUUUAAAUGUCGGCUAUGCGCUCAACGCUUUGAGACGCGUGAAGCUGCUACUGUCCAUGCCAAACAGCAUCAGCCCAACUACUUCAAAUGCGGCACCUGCUCCAUGUCCUUCCCAAAACGCGAAUUGCUAGUUAAGCAUUUCGAAGUGCAUCAGCAGUCCCAGCAACAGCAGCAGCAGCAGCAGCCGACCACAACCGCUACAGUUGUACAACAUCAACAAAUCGUUACACAAUCUGCGCCAAUAGUCAAACAGAUAACAACAAAACAACAGCAAGCGACGUCGCAAAAUAUUUUGACUACACAGAAGUUAUUGCAAGAAACCAUCGACGAGGCAUUAAGUGACAAUACAGUAAAUACCGUUGUAAGCAGUGCUGCUAACACAGAUGUGUUGCCUACCGCAGCCAACAACAUACGUUUCUUUUCAUGCCACAUCUGUUCUCUUACAUUCAUACAAGAAAAUUAUUAUAAUCAACAUAUGGAAGCGCAUCGUCAGGACAAGGAAGGCGUUGGUAGUGGUGGAAGCAGUGGUACUACAAUUACCACUUCAUCGUCAUCGGGUUCGGGUGGUAGUAUGCUACAUCCAAGUGCUGCUGCAUUACUUAGUGACGACAACAAAGCUGAUGGCGGCGACAGUGGUGAUCUGUCAUCGCACCAAGGUGGCGGUAGCGGCGUGGAAGCUGACAUUGAAAGCAUUUUUGAGAAAAUGCAUUCCGAUAAAAAUGAUAGCGCUGGCGAUACGUUAACAACAUCAGCUGCCAAUACCGCAACAACUACAAAUACCACAUCUGCGACUGGACAAAGCAGUAGAGACAGUUUGGUUAUCACAUCACAACAAGGCACGGGUGGUAUUACAUUUAAUAUUACUAUUCCACAGCCAGAAACUGGAACUACACAAGAGGCAAGAGAUAGCUCCAAAUCUAUACCGACAAGCACUGCGCCCGUAUCCGUGAGCAUAGAUAUGCCAGUAUUGGACCAACCUGACGAAGGCUUAACCCCAACGGCAGUUGGCAAAUCUGAAGGAAACAGUGGAAAAGAAAAGCAAGUCAGUGGUGGUAGUAUAGGUGCUGAUAGGAAAGUGUCUGCCCCUGUUAGCAUGCCAAGUUUAGAUGAUGAUAACGAUACGCAGGAGCAUAUGCAAUCACAAUCAGCGCAGGAAGAUAAAUCCCCCUCGUCGGAAGCAAAAAAAGGCAGUGACUCAAACGACGAAAAUGCGAGAACUGCUGGAGCAAAACAGGAAAAGGCUGAACAAUCUUCUAAAGCGGAGGGAGCUGAAUCAGCCUCAGGAAAGGGGGCAAAUGCUGCUGCCGCGAGCGCUUCAGAUGCUAAUGGCGAUGCCCAAUCGGACAAUACCGCUGCUGGCGGUGAAGGAGAAGGCGACCAUCAUCAACAAGUUUCAAUGGAAUUAGACGAGGCCAUGCAAGCGCAAGUGGAGGGCGGUCAAAUAAAGUUCAUACUUAAUGAAAAUGGUCAGCUAUUGCAACUGGAUAAUCACAUUAUUACCGAUGCUGAUGGCAACCAAAUACUGGUACAAGAUCCCGAGCAAAUCCAGCAGCUUCUACAAAGCGCCGGCCUAUUGCAAUCUGGCGACGGGCUUGAUGGUGAAACCUUACAAAUGAUGACGGAUGCUAAUGGUCAGAUGGUUUUGGUGCAGGGUGAGAACAAUGAGACGCAACUGAUCGAUGCUUCACUUCUGAACGCCGACGGACAAUUGGUAAUACAACAAGGACACGAUGGUGAACUAGGCGAAGGUGCACAUGUUAUUGGUGAAGACGGCACGCGGAUACCUGUUUCGGUAUCGUACACUGCCGAUGGGCAACCGAUCGUUAGAGUACAACAACAAAUGUUGGAAGCAUCUGGCGGAGAAGAAGAUCAAGCUGUGCUCGAAAAAGAUGCGGCUGCAGCAGCGACUACCACCGAGGAGGAGGGAACGUCAGAGGUAGCGGCAGAUGGUGCAGCCGCUGCAACAACCAGCGCAUCUUCAGCGGCAAGCGGUGACGCGGCGACUGGUGGCAAUGGUGAAGGCAAUGUAGCUGCGGCCAGAGGCGGUGAUGCCGGCAGCAGUAGUGGUGGAGAUUUCUUUCCUCUAGAAGAUCUUAUGCAACAAUCGGCGGAGGGUAAACCCGCGGAAUAGGAGUGGCUUUAGGAGAGCAUUAAUUGUACAAUUAUUGCAGACGAUUGGAAUUUCUAGAAUUUUAACUUGUACAACAACACACCUGCAUGCAAUGGUGA